AUAUUUGGUAAUAGCGUGACAGAUGUUGCUGUUUCUAAUGGAAUCCUGAUUGUAAUGUAUAGCAUGGGUCUCGUCAGGCUCUAUAACUUCCAGGCUAUCUCUGAACAGUUCAUGGAACAGCCGUUUGAUUUGGGACAUGAAUUCAACUGGGAUGGUCAAGUGGGAGUUGUAGGAAAGUAUCCAUUUGGUCUUCCAUGUAACAUUAAAAUAACAGAUACUCCACCUUUGCUAUUUGAAGCAUCUUCUCUGGAGAAUGCAUUUCAAAUUGGAGGUUACCCCUGGCAUUAUAUCAUCACACCUAACAAGAAAAAAAAUAAAGGAGUCUUCCAUAUUUGUUCUCUGAAAGACAAUGCUUUGGCAAAAAAUGGCAUACAGGAUAUGAAAUGCUGUUCGCUGGAACCUGAUUGGAUAUACUUCCAUCCAGAUAUGUCAGGUAGAAUAAUCCACGUGGGACCAAACUUGAUAAAAGUCCUGAAGCUUAAGGAAGUAGAAAAUAAUACAGAUCAAAUGGAGAUUGCAGAAGAUUUUACGAUUGUGGCCAACAGAGAAAACUGUGUGAACAACGCUGUUACUGUAACAGCUUCUGGUCGGGUGGUGAAAAAGCGUUUUAACUUGCUGGAUGAUGACCCAGAACAAGAGACAUUCAAAAUUGUGGACUAUGAGGAUGAAUUGGAUUUGUUAUCCACUGUGGCAGUUACUCAAAUAGGAGCUGACGGAAGAGCUCACCUUGACUUUCAUUGCAAUGAACAUGGGAUUCUACUGAAGAGUAUUCCAUUACUGGAGUCCUGGGAUGUGACUUACAGUCAUGAAGUUUACUUUGACAAAGACCUUGUAUUACAUAUAGAACAGAAGCCUAACAGGAGGUUCAGUUGUUAUGUUUACCAAAUGGUCUGUGAUGCUGCAAAAGAUGAUGAAUGUUCAAGCCACGAAAAAACAGGAAGAGUGUUUUGUAAAAAAGGAGGGAGAUUUUUUGAAUAUAUUUAAGACAUAAACAACAACUACAGAGACUUCAAUUUGGAUAUUUAAGGACUUCAUACAUAUGAAUAAGUCAACUACUGUUUUUCAGGCGGGAUUUAAUCUUAACAUUUUGUAUUACUGUGUGAAGUUCUAACUUGUUUUUUCUCUGUGACAUUGUACACUUGUCU